GAGGUACGACACGCGGUUAAGCUCACGUGGCUGGUAUGUCUUGAUUGAGGCAAGAAAGACAAAGAAGUCAUUAAAAAUGCAUUCCAAUGACGACAUUCAACUGGUGGCAAGUAAGCGCCAUAAAGAAACAAGUUGAGAGCAUAAAACUCAGUGAAUUUGUUGCUGGCCGGCUAGUAGCUAGAGUUUUACAAGUAGAGAUUAGAUUUGUUGUAAGAACCAAGGCUCAGAUGUUGGCAGUGAUCCUAUCCUGAAUGCAGGCACAAAAUACUUAUUAAAUACUCUAAAACAGAAUUACACUAAAAACAAUAAUAUCUCAAAAUCUAAGUGGUGGUUGAAACUGGUUGAAAAGCUAUUUCACAUCAGUAUAAGCCCAGCAAUCAACCACCCUGAUCUUAGAAACAUCAAGUGUAUUUCUUGAAAGAUACACGCCAAACCAAAUCCACUAUCAAAGUACACAGUCUUGAAUGAUAUUCAUGCACAAGUUAAUGAGAUUCAUAAUCCUUUUGGCUGGUCAUGUGACCGUGUCGUACCUCCUCUGCCAAGCAAGUAAACAAACUCUGGCAAGUAAACAAACUAGAUGUACAUGUUGGAAUGGCCGCUAAAGAGCAAAAUCAAGAGCUCACAAUUGAUGAUCUGAAGACAGAAUUGAAACUGACUGAUGAACAGCUCAAUACAGAAAUAAAGGAACCAGAUCUACCCGAGUUAGCAGCAUGUUUCGAUAACACUGAUGACUAUCUUGAAAAGCUGGAGCUGUCACCUGGACAGAAAACUGACGUCAGUGAAGUGAAGGCUAAAACACGUCUAAACCGCACUCAAGCUGGAAUGAAACUUGCCCUAGAAUACUGGCAGAACAAGAACCAACUACAAGCCACCUUCCAAGCUCUGCUACUCAUCAUACUCUCUCUGCUCAAAGGAGACGUUGCUGUUCAAGUGUGCAAGUACUUGUCUGACAAAUACUCUACCACCUCGUGUCCCCCCUCCCGAGAGAGGGUCCUGCUGAACCACAAGCUGUCCUCUUACAGGGACUACCUACAAAGUUGCUACAGAAUACAAGUAUCCACGUCAGCCACACAAUGGCCUCCUGUCUCAACAAAGAAAAUUUUUAAACUGGCCAUGAUUCAGAAGGAGGAAAUACAGAGAGGAAGAAUCGAUGAUGAAUUUGUUAAACUAACAAUUACGGGGAAAAUUGAUGACAUUUUACUUUUAAAAACUCCUGUUAACUUGACUAACAUUUUCUCUGAGAUUGGGGAUAGACGAAACUUUGUGUUGAUUGAAGGAGCUCCUGGCUCUGGCAAGAGCACCCUUGCUCUACACAUUUGUCAGGAGUGGGCAAAGGGGAAACUGUUCCAAGAGUUCGAUAUUGCAAUCCUCGUGAGACUGAGAGAUCCACUUGUCAGAGAAGCAAAAACAAUUUCUGACAUACUUCCCUGCAUCGAUACGGCCGUUGCUAACGAGACAGAGGCAGUAAUAAAAUCACUGUAUGGCAAAGGUGUACUGUGGGUGCUGGACGGAUGGGACGAGCUUCCUUCUGACCUCCCUAGAGACUCAAUCAUCAACAAACUAAUCCGACUAGACAUGUCACAAAAAGGAGCCCUACACGAAUCAGCUGUGAUUGUAACAUCUCGACCGUCAUCUUCGGCUGAGCUCCACCCACUAGUGUCGUCCAGGGUGGAGGUGUUGGGGUUCACUCCACAUCAACUAGAACAGUAUUUUACUGAGUGUCUGAAUGGUGACUCACAAGCUGCGCAGACUCUACUGGAGAGAAUUGGAGAGAACCCAGUGGUAGAAGGUAGCUGCUACCUCCCCCUCAAUGCUUCCAUUGUCGUUAAUUGCUUCCUUUCUGAUAACCACUCACUCCCCACAUCCAACCACGGGAUAUUCACAUCACUUGUCCAAAGCUCUCUCAAGAGAUACCUCCAGGAGAAGUUGGGGAAAACCACUCCAGUGGGAGACAUCACAUCCCCAGACUCACUGCCUUCAGAAGUCAGAACGCAGACCGUACAAAUGUGUCAACUUGCAUAUCAUGGGAUUGAAGCCAACAAAGCAACAUUUACUGACAAUGAUUUGGUCGCUCUUCGCAUUACGAAGGAAAUUUCAAACGUUGGACUAUUACAAACUGUUCCCAGUAUCAUUAGCGAUGGUCAUCUGGUUUACUACUGCUUUCUCCACUUGUCUAUUCAAGAGCUACUAGCAGCAAUCCACAUUUCUCUCAUGUCUCCCAAGCAACAAAUUUCUGUAUUCCAGAAGCUGUUUGGUAAUCCUCGAUUCAGUGCAGUCUUCCAGUUUUAUGCUGGUAUCACCAAACUGAGAACUAAUCGACCAAUCCUCAGCUUGCUACCUCGAUUCUUGUGUCCAGUUCCAGCCACUGUUUUUGAUCUGGUCAGAAAGAUUGCCAAAACUGAGAAAGAGAAGAAGCAUGGUGAGCCGAAGCCCCUUUUGUUGUCCCUCAUCAAUUGUUUGUACGAAGCUGAAGACUCGCGACUGUGUGUGUUUGUGGCUGAUCUUCUUAGUCACAAUCUAGAUCUUCAUAACACUACAAUGAAUGCUAUUGACUGCCUCUCUGUUGGAUAUUUCGCAUCAGUUUGUUCCAAUAGCAGUAAUGGAUUCACACUGAGCCUCGAAAUUUGCUCUAUUAGUGACCAAGGCUGCAAAUUUCUGGCCCGAGGACUCUCCAAGUGUCCCAACUCUAAUAAUGAUAUUCCUACAGCAGGGAUACACAUCGCUGAGAUUAUCGAGAACACUAGUUCAAUAUCUAAAUUGGUUUUGUCUAAUAAUGCCAUUGGUAACAGUGGACUUUGCACACUCUGUGAGGCCUUGUCAACUAACACAUCAUUAAAGAGCCUGGACCUGCGCAGGUGCUCACUAACAAUAUCAGACGACAAUGGAGCUGCCCUCUAUCAACUUCUGAAUACAAACAAUUCCCUCGAAUAUCUUUAUUUGUCUGGUAACACAGUGACUAGCUGUCGUCACAUUGCUGCUGGACUUGCAGUCAAUAAGACUCUCAGAACAUUGGACUUGCGUUCCUGUGAACUGACUGAUCAGAGUAUCAAGGAGCUAUCAACUGGACUGAUCAACAAGAUUGAAACACUAUACAUUUAUGGUAAUGCCUCAAUAACAGAAGAUGGAAUGAAGACGCUUGCCAGACAUCUAACCACCCACUGCUCUGAACUGACACUAUUGUGGAUACCCAACCGCCUAAGAUCCUGUAUCGAGACAGUAUUCAGGGACGCUAACAAAGAGAGGAAGAGAAAUGGACUACCUGAGAUUGAUUGUUUUUCAUACGGUUUUGACAAUUGAUUUAAUUCUGCCAUAAUGCAUUCAAUGACAAUUUAAAUGCAUAGAGAAAAGUAGUGAAGUAUUAUAUACUAGUAUAUAUAAUUAUGU